UUUUUUUUCCAAUUAACUAGAAUACAGCUGUGCAUAUGGCUCAGGCAGAUUCUUUAUGCUUUGUGGCCUUGGUGGGAUUAUUAGCUGUGGAACAACACAUACAGCACUGGUUCCUCUAGACCUGGUUAAAUGCAGAAUACAGGUUGAUCCACAAAAAUACAAGAGCAUCUUCAAUGGAUUUUCAGUGACAGUCAAAGAAGAUGGCGUUCGUGGCUUGGCUAAGGGAUGGGCUCCAACCUUUAUUGGAUAUUCCAUGCAGGGGCUUUGUAAAUUUGGUUUCUAUGAAGUUUUCAAAAUCCUAUAUGGCAACAUGCUGGGAGAGGAAAACGCAUAUUUGUGGCGUACUUCGCUAUAUUUAGCUGCAUCUGCCAGUGCAGAGUUUUUUGCCGACAUUGCUCUGGCUCCAAUGGAAGCUGCUAAAGUUCGUAUUCAGACACAGCCUGGAUAUGCUAACACUCUGCGGCAGGCUGUGCCUAAAAUGUUUGCAGAAGAAGGCAUCUGGGCUUUCUAUAAAGGUGUUGCUCCACUAUGGAUGAGACAGAUUCCAUACACAAUGAUGAAAUUUGCCUGCUUUGAACGUACUGUUGAAGCUCUCUACAAGUACGUCGUUCCCAAGCCACGAAGUGAAUGUACAAAAGGAGAACAGCUGGUAGUCACAUUUAUUGCAGGCUAUAUUGCUGGUGUGUUCUGUGCAAUUGUUUCCCAUCCUGCUGACUCCGUGGUGUCUGUGUUGAACAAAGAAAAGGGCAGUUCUGCUUCACAGGUUCUUAUGAGGCUUGGAUUCAAAGGUGUAUGGAAAGGUCUGUUUGCUCGUAUCAUUAUGAUUGGUACCCUGACUGCACUGCAGUGGUUCAUCUAUGAUUCUGUGAAGGUUUAUUUCAGACUUCCUCGUCCGCCUCCACCUGAAAUGCCAGAAUCUCUGAAGAAGAAGCUUGGUCUAACUGAAUAGACAACUCAUGGACUGACUAUGCUGGCUGUCCCAGUGAUGAGUUUCAUGAAACUUUUAUAUAUUUGACUAUGUAGAAAACAAACUCUAUAUGAUGUCAUUAUUGGCUGUGCCCUCAGCCUGCAUGAGGGUUUCAAUUCUACCACUGUCAUUGCCUGAAAUAAAUGAGAAAUAGUGCUUAGCGUCUGUUUA